AUGGCGACACAGUCUGCAGCAGCAAAGAGGCAACAAGACCUUCAGCUGCAGUAUACCACUUAUAAGAACACCCUGCAGCAAAUUGCCCAAAAGAUUGGAGAUGUUGAGCAGGAGGCUGAAGAGCACAAGCUCGUUCUUGAGACCUUGGAGCCUCUCCCAGGUGACCGCAAAUGCUUUCGCAUGAUUAACGGCGUCCUGGUAGAAAGAACCGUUCGGGAUGUGAUUCCUGCCCUCCGCACCAAUGCUGAAGGGCUGAAGAAGGUCCUCGAAGACCUUGUAAAACAAUAUAAGGCAAAACAGGAUGAACUUGAGCAGUGGAAGGUCGUCUCCGUAAAUAACUACCCCAUCAAGGGGACCUCCGUUGCAAAACGUGAGCAGAUCUCCUAUGUGUAG